AUGUCCAAAUUUGCUAUACCCACAGCCUUAAGAGAGUUGAGAUUCCAUUUGUCUCAAACUGGUGAAGCCUCAGUCCCAUUGAGAAACUUUUUAUCCAAGAAUUACACUGCUUUGAAGGGUACUUCUAAAUUGCCCAUUUUAGUUAGAGAAAGCUUCGGUAUUCCCCCAAGUGUCACUGCUAGAUUUGUUGGUGGUGUUGAAAAGAAAACAAAUUUGGAUAAAUUGGAUGCUCAAGGAAUCGAAUCGGCAUUGAAGGAUAUGUUGAAGCAGUGA